CCUCUGGGCUCUUUUCUGUCUUUUUUUUUUCCCCUCCUCCUCCUCCUCCUUGUUCUUUUGGACAAAAUGUCGGUCAGUGAUGUAAAAAUUGAGCAAGGGACCUCGGUGGCAUUGGGAGCUUUGCAGAAGUUUUCCAAGAGGUCACUUCACCAAAAUGUCCAGUGAUAGGCAGAGGUCCGACGAUGAGAGCCCCAGCACCAGCAGUGGCAGUUCUGAUGCGGACCAGCAAGACCCAGCCGCCCCAGAGCCCGAGGAGCAAGAAGAAAGAAAACCUUCUGCCACCCAGCAGAAGAACACCAAACUCUCCAGCAAAACCACUGCUAAGUUAUCCACUAGUGCUAAAAGUGCUGGGCCUAAAGGAGAUAACAUUUAUGAGUGGAGAUCGACUAUACUUGGUUCACCAGGUUCUGUAUAUGAAGGUGGUGUGUUUUUCCUGGAUAUCACAUUUUCAUCAGAUUAUCCAUUUAAACCGCCAAAGGUUACUUUCCGAACCAGAAUCUAUCACUGCAACAUCAACAGUCAGGGCGUCAUCUGUUUGGACAUCCUUAAGGACAACUGGAGUCCUACUUUGACUAUGUCAAAGGUUUUGCUGUCUAUUUGUUUCCUUUUGACAGACUGCAACCCUGCGGAUCCUCUGGUUGGAAGCAUAGCCACUCAGUAUUUGCCCAACAGAGCAGAACAUGACAGGAUAGCCAGACAGUGGACCAAGAGAUACGCCACAUAAUUGACAUAUUUGUAUGCAGUGUGAAGGAGCGGAAGGCAUCCUCUCACUGCGCUGCAAAUCUUUAUAGCCUUUACGAUACGGACUUCUGUGUAUAUGUUAUACUGAUUCUACUCUCUGCUUUUAUCCUUGGAGACUGGGAUACUCCCCAAAAAGGUAAAUGCUACCAAGAGUAGAACUUUGUAGCUGUAGAUUAGUUAUGUUUAAAACGCCUACUUGCAAGUCUUGCUUUUUUGGGAUAUCAAAAUGUAUUUUGUGAUGUACUAAGGAUAUUGGUCCUGAAGUCUACCAAAUAUUAUAGUACAUUUUAGCCUAAUACAUUAUCUGUAUGAAGUUAUAAAAAGUAGCUGUAGAUGACUAGAAAUUAUGUCAUUUGUAUUAAACCCAGAUCUAUUUCUGAGUAUGUGGUUCAUGCUGUUGUGAAAAAAAUGUUUUACCUUUGACCUUUGUCCGUUUGUAAUGAGAGGAUUUCCUUUGACCCUUUGUAGCUCAGAGAGCACCUGAUGUAUCAUCUCCAACACAAUAAACAUGCUCCUGAA